GCUGUCUGUAGCAAGCUUUUCCGCAUACUUCAUACUUUCAGCAGUGUGCACGCGUAAAUAAAACGCCCAGGUGUUUAUAACAAAGCGAGCUGUCAUGUCGCCGUAACGACUUCAUCUCAGCUCCCAUGACGUGACAGGGACCGAUCGCUCUCUUGGUGCAUGCAGUGUUUUUGUUCUUUUUUAAUACAUAUACACGCCGUGUGGACACCAUGAUGGCUUGCUGCACGUCACUGAGUCUCGCGCUUAUCACCGUGCUGCUCCUGUGCACACCUGGUCGCGUGCACGGCUCUCAGGGCGAUAAAGAGCCUGUGUACCUGGACUGCGUGAAGCAGUGUGCGCGCACCAACUGCACCGGCGCCAAGCUGCGUGGCUUCCAGUCUGCACAGCCGCCUUACAUGGCGCUCACUGGUUGGACGUGUCGGGAUGAUUGUCACUAUCAGUGCAUGUGGACUACAGUUGGACUUUACCAGGCUGAGGGCUAUAGAGUGCCUCAAUUCCAUGGGAAGUGGCCGUUUGUCCGUUUCCUGUGUUUCGAAGAGCCAGCAUCAGCUCUGGCAUCUCUCCUCAAUGGUCUGGCAUGUUUACUGAUGCUACUGCGCUACCGCAACGCUGUCCCACGCCAGUGCCCCAUGUACCACACCAUCACCGCCUUCUCACUGGUGUCACUGAAUGCCUGGUUCUGGUCUACAGUAUUUCACACCAAAGACACGUAUCUAACUGAGAAGAUGGACUAUUUUUGUGCAUCAGCGGUGAUUCUCUACUCCAUAUACCUGUGCUGUGUCAGGACGCUGGGUUUGCGGCGGCCUGGCGUGUCCAGCAUCGUUGGAGUUUUUCUUAUCCUGGCCUUCACCUCCCAUGUCUCCUAUCUCACAUUUGUUAGCUUUGACUAUGGUUACAACAUGGCUGCCAACGCAACCAUAGGCAUGGUAAACCUACUGUGGUGGCUCGGUUGGUGCUGGCAGAAUCGGAGGACGUUGCUGUACUGGUGGAAGUGCGGCGUAGUGGUGGUGCUACUGCAUGGCCUGGCGCUGUUCGAGCUACUCGACUUCCCGCCAGUUUUCUGGGUGCUAGAUGCUCAUGCGGCCUGGCACCUGGGCACUGUUCCUGUCCACUUCCUUUUCUACAGUUUCCUCAUAGAUGACAGCCUCCACCUCCUCAACACAGAGAAGGCCGGAGUCAAGCUGGAAUAGGAGGAGCCUGUUUCAGAGCCCUACCCACUUCUCUCCCAUCCCUCCAGUCAGGACCAGUCUGUGAAUUUUGUGUUUACGAAUUGAGUUUACACUUUUUUUUAAGCACUCCACUAUGGACAGCUGUGAAGAGAGUUCCUUUUGGUUGCUUUGUUUAUGCGUGCUUGAUUUUUUCCUCACCAUGUUUUUGCCUUUACUGAGCUUUGCCUUGAGUGGAAGAACUUGAGAUUUGGCUGUGUCACCGAACUUUAUGGACAUGGUUUGUUUAAAUGUGACCCAUAAUUAUUCCUAGAGAAAUCUUAAAAAUGGUGUAAAGCAGAGAGGUCAGGAGUGUGCUGUGGCUGUCAACUGUCAUUUUUUCCAGUAGCAUAACUCGUGUUGACAUUUACCAUACCAAGAAAAAGUGAGAAGAUGAAGGACAUUCAUGUUUGCUAAUAUUUUUAACAUUACGAUUAGCAUUAAGCAAUACUUGCACCUGCAUGCCAUCAUCCAGCUGCAGAGGGAUAGGAUUAUGAAAUCCAUGCCAGUGUUCACCUGCAUCCCAAACCAUAUACUAGUUCACUAUUAAUUGUAUGACAGAUAUACAACGCUUACCUGAACUAUGGUGCAAUUUGAUGUAUAAUGUUUCCUAUCUCAUGGCCUGCCAACCUUUACAUCUGGGUUGACUGACAAUUGCCUAGAUGGUUUUGAAUUUUACUGUAUUUGCUGAUGUCAUUUAGAAGUUUUGCAUUAUUCGUGAAAGAAUUUUCAAAAAUGUCUUGUGUGUUGAUCAUGCCACUCCAAUGAGUGCCAGUAAGACAUUAGUCCUCUUUGGGAUUGGCAGGUCUGAGAGCGUAUGGUUUUGAUAUUUAUUUUGGGAUGCUAGUAUGACUUUGAUAGCUAAAGAUGCAUUUAUGAUGAGAAACUAGUGCAGUGACAUGGUGUAGCUUUUUCAUAUCCAGACAGAUAAAAAAAAAAUAAAAAAUCACAGAUAAUUGCAUUUUAAUCAGAGAGGCCUUAGCAUGGAUGCUGCUAAGUUCUAAAAUUUAUCGUGAAGUUUAGUAGGCUUAUUGGAAGCCUCGUGGUAUAAUAUCUCAAGGGCCAUUAGCAAAGGGAGUACUAAUGAGUCUAAAAACCAGAAUCAACAUAGUUUUGUGGUAUAUUUUAUAGGCAAGUUUCAUCCGAGUUUGUUGCAAUUUUUUUGUUUGAUUUUCCUAGUGCAAGCUGAAGCAAUUUUCAAAAGGAAUGUGAAUGCAAAAUUGUUGAAUUACAUGAAGACACAAGAGAGAACCAUUUUGCAUAUGAGUAUUUGAACAAAGCAUACGACUUUUGAUUAAGGUUGUGUGAAGGCCCAUGAUUGUUUCGUACCCUUAUUUACACGUUGCACAAUUACGCACUGAUCAUUAUGAGCGCAGUAUCUAGGUGUAUUGAAGGAAAAACGCCUAUAACGUCAUGACAUAACUCACAAGUGAUAUGCUGAGGCAGCUGUAAUGUUUGCUUUUGCCUGUUUUCCCAUUUCACUGCUGCUGUGUUUGCCUCAUUUAUAUGAAUUGUUUGUUUUAUUUCUUAUGUUUUCAUUUUUUGCUCUUCAUUAAGUAAUUUGAAGCAUGUUUCUUCACCUGGAAUGCCUUUAGAGGAAAAAAGCGGAAGAAUUUUAAUGUGUGUGUUUUCCACCUAUGCCUUAUUCCGUCUUGUCCAGUGCACAAUUGUGUCUCCCGUCUUCACUGAAACUGUGGUUCCAUUGAACGAUGUGAGUGCUUAUUUUCUCGCUGGAGAAUUAACACCGAUGUCAGCGUGUCUUUGUUUAAAUUGCCACUUGUGCACUUUGUGUGUGCGUGUGUAUGUGUGCGUGUGUGUAAAAGAGAGCAAGCAUGUUCAGCUGGCGGGUAAAUAUAGCCUUAGAUAUUUUGGAGCUCGGAGUGUGUUCAUAAGUCACCAUGAGAACCCUGAAACACUGCGAAGAUUGGAACAGGUUUUUAUUCCGUAAAACAUGAUCUCCACACAUAACGUUUUUCUGUUUCACUAAAUGACGUGUUAAACCAAGACGGGUUAACCUGAUGCAAGUGUAUCUCACCCAAAAAAUGAUCUCCCCCAACUUUUCUAAAGCUUAAAUCCACACGUAAAUCUUUGUGCUUGCUUAACAUGACACCGUUAGACUCUGUAUUGUGAUUUUUGUUUAAUGAACAACCGGGUCAAAUGACCGAAUUAGUCCAUGUUCUCUAGAGGUAGGGCCUUUAGGGCAACGUGCACUUACAAAAUGGCUUCCUCCAUAAAUAACAUUUCAAUUUGAGCGUCAUGGUGAAGAGUGAGAUUGACAUCCAGUAAUUAUGUUAGGGUGUGCAUACCUUUUCAAGAUUUGUCUGGAGAAUAUCUGAAGGUUUGCUAGAUGAACAAAUUGAGCCAGGCUUGAUCCUGUGUUGCUAUACAUACCUCAAAUAUAUCAGAGCUUGAUUUAUUCCGAAUCUAGGUAAUGCAGCUAGCCUCCUAGCUCCGUAGAAAAAAAAUCAUCAGAUACAUCGAUUAAUUAGAAUACUUGAUACUAUGGCCCUACAUCAUGCACACACUGAUAUACUGUAGGAUUGAAUGUUGUCAGCAUGACAAUUUAGAUGUAACUUUUUUCUCCUUGUUUGACAACCAUCCCAUAAUACAAUCCAUGGCUUAUAGAUAAAAUGAAGGUUAAAGUAAUCAAUGUUUUAAUUAAAGACUCUUUUAUCUUGCUUUUGGUAACACAAUUAAUUUUCCCUAACAGAUUACAAAUAAUUAGAUAUUGCCCAUUGUACAUCUACAACCCUUUUUUUCUAGUAGCUUUUCCAGAACAUUCUAGAGAUUGUAGUCACAUUUUCAUUUAGCUGUAAUGUUUUUGAUCAAUUCAGAUGACUGAGCAGUGGAAGUUUUUCCUCAGUUAAUUUAGGUAUUUCUACAUAUCUAGACCAAAUCCUGUCCACGGUGAUCGUAAAUUUAGCUACAGCUAACAAUUCUGGAUUAUUACCACUGGCUUAGCUAGAUGUUUAUGAUACAUAUUAUUCUAUUUUAGCUGUGAUUGAUGUGAUUAGCUUAGAUUUUUUAGACUAUUUCAGGCUCAGUUGGAUCGGUUUGUUAAAUUUUGUUUUGCAUUUAGAUUGAUUAGACAAAUAGUAAUAUCUGUCUAGCUUCUCUGUUGAUGUAUGACAUUUAGAUACACAAUGAGCUCAUUUACUUGAGUUGCUUCUGUGUUGAUGAAGAUCUGGUGCAUCAGUGAGGUUCGUUUGUGAAUUUGGGUGAGUAGAAAAAAAGGGGUGUCAUAUUCAAAUGCUUAAUUACAAUUCAAGUGUCCCAACAAGUCUUAAAAGGAAAGAUUGAAGGCACAAUGGUUGUUUUUGUUUGUUUUUGCCAUGUGAAUGUUCAUCCUCUUUCUCUCACUUUUCUUUUUUUUUCUUUCAUGUUGCUCCCUUUCUCUCUGGUUUGUGCAAAGAAGCUUUAAGAAAGAAAUAAAGUGGUUCUGUAUUAA